AUGAUUCUAGGAAGUACCCAUGUCCAAUGGUUAAAUCGAACUUCCAUCCUUAUCGUUGUUCAUGUUGACGGGUACGUCUGUACCACUGGAAUUAGGGAUGAACGGUUGAGGCCCGCGCCCGCGCCGGCGCACGCGGGCUUCUCCUCCUCCUCGCCGUCCGUGGUGGGGAGGAGGGUGCUCGGGGCUCGUGCCCCACCGGCGUCGGUGGCGGUGGCGGUGCGGGGUGGUGGUGGUGGUGGUAGGGGCAGGAGGCUCGCGGGGGUCGGGGUAGCGGCGGCGUCGCCCGACGAGCUUCACGCGCGUGGGAGGCCCCUCCGCGGCGGCGCCUACGAGGAGAGAUCUGCGCUUUGGAACUUGAUAAAAGACAUUGAACCUUUGGAUCUAAGCAUAAUCCAGAAAGAUGUUCCUUCUGAAACUGUGGAUGCAAUGAAGAGGACUGUUUCAGGCAUGUUGGGCCUGCUUCCAUCUAAUCAGUUCCAUGUGGUCGUAGAGUCCCUUUGGAAUCCUUUUUUCAAGCUAUUGGCAUCUUCAAUAAUGACAGGGUAUACUUUAUUCAAUGCUCAAUACAGACUCUCUCUUGAAAGAACACUGGAGUUUUCUGAAGAAGAAACUGAAUGCCAGAAAGGAGAGAUCAGUGAAGAUAUUGACCAUGUUAUCAGUGUUAGAAGGUCUGCUAUGUUUUUCAGGUUACCAGAAGAUACAGGCUUGACACUUGAAUCAGAAAUGGCAGAUGAAAAAUUAUGUGGAAAUAUGGAUGGACUAGGUAACUUAAGUAUUGAAGCAAAGAAACUUAUUCUCGGUAUGCAAUCUCGCUUGGAUUCCAUGGAAAAGGAGAUACGCGAACUUAAGAAGAAAAAAUCUUCCCAACAAAUGCAAGAAUUUGCCGGAGAAGAGAAAAAUGAGUUGCUGUAUUACUUGAGAUCGCUAUCACCUGAGAAGGUUGUUGAACUCUCGGAGUCUUCCUGGCCUGGCGUGGAAGAAGCUGUUCACUCUGUGGUAUAUGGUCUGCUAGCAACACUCUCCCCCAAAAUGCAUACAAAGGUCUCUCCGACAUCAGAGAACAUGGCAAAUGGAGCACUAAAUUUUGGACCGGAGGAUGGUGACUUCGCUGAACUCGUGGAGGAUGUGCCUCUCCCAUUUCAGCCUGUGAUAACCAUUCCUCGCGACCGUCUUGCACGUCUCUUAUUCUGGUGCAUGAUGCUGGGCCAUUACAUCCGAGGCCAGGAGUGCCGGCUAGAGCUGACGCAUCUCCUGACAGUCCCUAGUGAUGCAAACUCAUGAUCUCCCUGGUGGUGGUAGCAACAGCAAAUCUCCUGUCACUUGAUUGAACGUCUGCAUGCGAAGAUGGAAACUGGAAACACCACUAUGGUGGCAUCAUCCGAGUCGAUCCAAUCCAAUCUCGAUGCAGUUACCAACACCAGUAUCAGAUACGCAGAGAAGGGUGAACUGUGACUACUGGAGCAAACUGGCCAAAGGUUCCUGCACUCUCGUCAGCUCCUCGUCCCUGCAGAGUACAGAGCUCGAACCAGGUUGCCCAUGAGCGUCGGAUUUCCAUAUGACCAUUCCAUGGCAUAGCGUGCUUCUUUUUCACCUUUUCUGUCGCUUGCGUUAUGUAUACUUGUAUUUCCUCGUCCUCACCGAUGUUUUGGUAGUAAAAAUACUGGUUUUUCGUAGUACUAGUCCUAGCUAGCAACCUUGGUGUGUUGAUCUGUAUAUAUAAAUAUAGUUUGGCCAUAGCGUGUGAUCGUCGCCUCCUGUAUAUAUACGUAAUGUACAAAAAAUCGUUUUUUUUCCUGUUUAUAGAAUCUCUAAUAGGAGUAUUCAUUUUCAAGAUAAAGUU